AUGGACCAGGUCGCCGUUCUUCCUCACGCUGGCCACGAGCUGGUGGCCGGCACGCCCUCUGACGGAAAGACUAUACCCUUCGACAAGACUCCCUCGGACGAAAAGCUCGAUCACCAUAAUAGCAUCAACAACGGAUCUGAAGUAUCUGAGAAGGAGGAGAAGGAGAUCGUUGCCGGCUUGGAUGCGGCAAACUACCUCUUGCCUAUCAGAUACGAUGGCGACCAGGCUUCCAUGAACCAGAUUUACCAUUUCAAGCCUACGGUUGUCACUAUCAGUCGGAGCUUCAUGGUACUUCUUCUCUACUUUGUGGGUGGGGCAUGGGCCCUCUUUCUCCCCAGAGGCGACUUGCAAGAGAUAAAGUGGAGAGAGAGGGGUAACGAGGGCCGGCUUCCGCUUUGGAUACGAGCGGCCAAAUUCAUCAACCCUGGUCCCUUCUCACUCAAAGAGCAUGCCAUCGCCGCCAUCACAGCUACCUCAGCUUCCAACGGUGCCGAGAGUGUGACAGUUUUCGCCACAACCAACCUCUUCUACGACAUUCCGCUCAGCGCCACUACCGUCAUUCUCAACAGCAAACCGAUGCGGUAUUUCUGGUAUGCCUCUGGUGGCAUGCUCGCGUAUCAGCCAUUUCCAGCUUACAUCAUCCCAUGGCUCAACAGCGUUUCCGUGCCCUGCCUCGCUUCCAUGAAAGCUACGGGCUCCAAGGCUGAUAUCCUCACAAAUCAAUAUCUUUGGCGACUUAUCACCUCUUCCGCGACCUCGAUGCCUCUCAUCCUUCAGGCCAACUAUGCUUCUGGUAUCGUCUUUUGCUGGAUCGCCUUCCUCGCCGUCUAUUACGGCAACGCCUGGUCGGUCAAAUCAUUACCAUUCCUGUCUACCACGCUCCACACUGCCAGCGGUGGGACAUAUCCUACUGCGAAAGUUUUUGUCAAUGGCAUCUUGGAUGAGAGCGCAUUGGAACGUUACGGCCUGCCGAAGCUCUCGGGGACUUACGUCUGGGCUAUGGUGGUAAACAGUCUCUCUAUUGGCGCGCUUGUCGCCCAUUGCAUCUUCUGGUACGGGCCCGACAUCUGGCGAUCCUUGAAGGACGGCAGGAAAGGCGUAUACGCCGACCGACACCACGCAGCCAUGAAAAAAUACAAAAAGGCCAGCUGGUACUGGUACGUCGGCCUCCUUGUGAUAGCCUUCGUCCUGGGUCUUGUCGUCGUCGUCAAGGAAGGCAUUACUUUGACGUGGUGGGCCUACAUUGUGGCUUUGGCCCUCGGAGCCUUCAUCGCACCCUUCAGUACGAUCCUCUACUCUCGAUUCGGUAACGGUAUAGCGACCAACCAGUUGAUGAAGACCAUUGCGGGAGAUGAGUCUUCACGAUGA